GUGACUUUAGCCUCAACAGAAGUGAUUGUCGACGGCGACAAUUGUUAUCAAGUCUCCGUAUUCGUAUAUAUCUAUCCUACAAUUCUUGUACUAYGAAGUAAGCUUAUCACGUUAUAGAAACCUUCCAAUAUUAUUGCGAAGAGAACUAAAAACUAAAGCUGGUUUAUUCCGACAUGGAUAAACUAUGGAUAUUUUUGAUGGUACUUACUAGUACGUUUACAGUGUCAACCCAAAUCGAAUGUUCUUGGGAUAGAUCGACAGUACGAAUUCUUGUCAUACUCGACCAGGAACUGUAUGGUAACUCGUUGAUUUCAGAUUUCAAGACAGCCACAUCAUCUGAAUCAAUGAAUAGAUUGUUCGAUAGCUCUGAAGCUUGUGUUCCAACGGUCAAAUUUGAUUACCUCAGAAUAAACGAAACUUCUGAUGAGAUGGCAACAAUACAGAAUACUUAUAAUAAACUUACCAGGAAUUCAUUUUGCAUUGUUAUAUUGGCGUCUAAUUCCAGGAAGACAUGGUAUGCAAUGGAGUAUAUUAAGUCACAGCAAAUACCAGUCAUUAGUAUCGUUCCUAAGCCUAUAAACCGAGGUUCAGCGUGGAAAGGAUUUCCUGUACUUUAUCUUAAUACCCAUGAAAGUAUCUACGAUAGAACAUACUCCAUUGCUCCAGUCCUGAAAGAACUCUACUUUAAGAAAAUAGUAGUGAUCUACGACAAUAGUAUCGAAAAUAUGCUCGCCACGACCUAUUUUGAAAGAAGUCUUGCAUAUCAUAACAUUCUUAUGCUAUACGCAAUGCUUAUCACCAAAGACACGAGUAUUGAUAGUCUCGCGUUAAAACUUGAAUCAUUUAAAAGUGUUAGUUCAGCCUUUGUUGUUCUCAGUGGUCAGACAAGUAUACUAGACAUACUAUUCGAUGCUGCAUUCAAGGCAGACAUGCUGGGGGAAUCGUUCUCAUGGGUGGUAUUCUCAGAUAAAAAUGAUGAUUAUUCACCAUUAUUCAGCCUUAAACGUUCAAUAAUGUUCGUUAACCCAAGACGUCAUCAGUGGAGUCCACGUGAUCUCAUCAAUGAUGCAAUAUUCUUGUCGACAAGAGGAUUAGACAAUAUCGCCAAAUCACUUGAAAAACAAGAAUGCUCCUGUCGCUGUGAAUGUCAGCCAUUUACCAACCAGCUCUACAGGUGCCUUUUGGAAGUGCAAUUUGCAGGAGAAAGUGGGCUAGUUGUGUUUGACGAUGAAGGUGAACGUAAAUACACCACAUACGACAUCAGCAUCAUGGAAGAAGACCAAAUGGGUCGAUAUUACCGCGGCUUUAUUGGUAAAUGGGAUGGAAUGAGAGURACAAUCAAUGACCAUAAACCAUUACCAAAACUGCGUGCACUUAUCAACGAAUAUCCGCCGAACAUCAUGUCAUUACCUAAAUUAGAGCAUAAACCAUGUCCUCGAGGGGCAGAGAUAUGUAGAAAGAACAUCACAUUACCCAAUGGAGACGUCCAGCAAAAAGAACUGUGYUGCUACGGCUUUGCUAUCGACGUCCUUAGACUAGUACGAGAAGAAGUGUCUCUUGGUUUUGAUGCUGAUUUAAGGUUUAGUGAUGAUGGUCAAUAUGGAGUUUAUAACACAGAGAACGAUUCUUGGAAUGGAAUUGUUGCCGAUCUAUUGGAAGAUAAAGGUGAUGUUACUUUGGACUUGUAUGUGAGCGCAAGAAGAGCGAAAGUACUGGACUUCACGGAGCCGUACGCACCUUCAGGGAUUCAUCUUCUCGUCAAAGARCACAGUAAGAGAGGAGAUAAUCAAAUCUAUUGGCUGUCUUAUCUUAGACCAUUUACAACAAGUGUAUGGUUGACACUUCUUGGCUCAGUUGGAAUAAUGAUUGUCUUCCUAUGGCUCGUGGAAAAACUUGCACCAAAUCGACUUGCCCCUAAAGAACUCAAUGACCUCCCGGACGACAACGGURUGAAUGAAGACGAAUAUCAAACAUUCAUAGAAAGAGAAAGGGUUCGAGGUUUUGAAACGUUCCCUCAAGAAAAACAAGAGGCGGAAGAAGAGGAAUCUUGUGAAGAGAAGCCCAAGCGAAUUCAAUAUGGCCCUUUUGGUCUUGAUAAUGCUGUUUGUUUUACUCUUGCAUUAGCGUUUGGUAGACCAGCCGAUGAAGCAAAACCUUUGCUGAAUGGUGCAAGACUUGCUUCAGUUGCCUUUGGUGUCGCAAUGUUGAUGUUGGUWUCAAGCUACUCAGCCAACCUUGCAGCGUUCUUAAUAGUCGAUGAUAAAUUCGUAUCUGUGGAAAGCAUCUACGAUGAAAAGAUUGCACAUCCACCWCCAGGUUUUCGGUAUGGAACCAUAACUGGUUCGUACAUGGCUGAYUUCUUUGUUAACUCUAAGAAUGCCUACUUGAGAUCGAUGUGGUAUAACAUGAAGGAUAAUAACGUGGAGAGCAUCAGAGAAGGCGUCAAUAAAGUUAAAUCAGGAGAACUUGAUGUAUUUAUUGCCGAUCAGUUAAGUCUGGCUUAUGAAUCUUUAAACGAUCCAAGUUGUCGACUUAAGGUUGUUGGCAAUCCAUUUGCAAUGUCAGGUGCAGCCAUUGCGGUCAAGAAAGGCUCGCCAUGGUUCGCACAGUUCAAUGAAGCACUCCAGAAGCUGAAAUCAAAAGGACUUACAGACUUCAUACAAAAGUUUUGGGUCAAGAAAUAUAAAUGCAUCCAUGAGAAACCUCCAACUCAGCUCAAGAUACAAGACUUGAGUGGWUUGUUUUUACAACUUGCUAUUGCUGUCGUAGCGUGUUUUUUUUCUACAGUUUUACAUCGUACUCUCAGAGUWUUUGCCUCUAAUUAUAAAAUACAAAGAAAGAGAAGCAAAUCACUUGCCACAAGUCCUAAACUUCACAGACUUGUUAAGAGCUUAGAAACUAACGUGUAACAGUAUAACAAAUAAUUGAUAGCUACACAGUCAUAGAAUGAUGGAUACCAAUCAAUAAUUGAUGGAUAUCAUAUCAACAAACAUCAUAAAUUGAUGGAUACGUACAUUGGAUUGCUGGACAGUCCCUCUGAGACUUGUUUAAUAGUUAAAACGUGUUCAAAGGCAACAAUUAUAGAUCAUAGUUAUGMCACUAUACUAGAAUUUAUAUGCAUAGAAUUUUCAUUAUAAAACGCUCCAAAGCCGUCAGUUCUGAUAAGCAAAUCUAUUUUCUUUUACAUCUAAAAGUUUCUCUCGUUUACAAAUUACGUGUUUAUUCACAAGUAUUGGAUGUUUCCAUGUUGAUAUAAACGGUGRAGAAAUUUAUUGUCUCAUUCAAUGAACUGUAAUAAAGUUGUAUUGUGCCAGUCAAUAAAAGCUUAGCUAUAAUGCUUUA